UGGUUUCACUAUAACAUACAGUAGGGAACGACUCAGAAUCCUGGAUUUCUUAUGCCAUUCAUAAUGGAAGUAGAACACCUGUCAGACCGUGGCUGGCCUUGGUUCCCAUCAUUCUUUUCGGCGCGCAUUCUCGAACAUGUGUCAUUAACGCCAGACGCGUUGUACGAAUGUGUUACAGCGUACAUAAAAGCAGCUUGGUCAAACCCGUGCCGCUUCUUCCUACUAUUCCCCGCGGCCACAUCCGAGUCGACGCUUCCUUAAUCAAUGCUAAUCCCGUAUUGUAACCAAAACACCUUUUUGCAAGAUGUUCUAAUGUUAACCUUCAGUUUCAUCUG